AUGAAGAAGCGAAAUCAUGUCCCAAUGUUCGAUUUUGCGUACCAGGGCCUUGGUGGCGGAGAGAACGACGAUGCGUAUCCAAUUCGGCUAUUUGCAGCACAGGGAUUUGAGAUGCUCGUGUGUCAGUCAUUCUCUAAGAACUUUGGUCUGUAUUCCGAGCGCGUCGGAGCCUUGCACGUUGUCACCAAGAGCCGAAAAGCAGCCCAGUGCACCUUCAGCCAGCUUCGACGAUUAAUCCGUGCGGAGUUUUCCUCGUCACCGGCGUAUGGAGCGCGCCUGGUAAAUACCAUACUAAAGGACCAGAUGCUACGACAAGCGUGGGUCGCGGAGCUUGAUCAGAUGAGGUCAAGGUUGCAACACAACCGUCUACGCCUUUACGAGUCAUUCCAAGUUUUGGAGACACCGGGAGAUUGGAGUCAUAUUCUUCACGAGAAGGGGCUUUUUAGCUACUUACGUUUGACGCCGCAGCAAUGCCGCGAGCUUACGGUGCAUUUUAAUAUCUACCUCGUUCCUGACGGCCGCAUCAACAUUGCUGGCCUGAACGAUUCUUGUAUCAGGAGGGUUGCACGCUGCAUUGACCUAAUUGUUCGCGAUGGUCUCAAUGAUAUACCGGAGGAGUCAAUGCAGCCAUUCGAAAGUCGGAUAUAG